AUGGACUCAAGUGUAUUAGCUCGAGAUGGCGACGGGCAAAGUGUGCCUCUCACCCACGAUUUGGCUCUAGAGGUGUUAAAUGAUGGUAACAAGUCCAAAAUAGAAGAUUUAGAUGGCGAAGAUGAUGUUACUUUUGACGUUCAAAUGUUUAAAAAUAACACCGAUGACAAGGAUAUUGAAGAAACUGUAUUAGAUGAAGAACCUGUAUUGGAUGAAGAACCUGUUCCUUCAACGAGCUCUUCUUCAGCAAAGAGGCGAUGGAAAGACAUGACAUUUCAAAUGCAGCAUUUACUGGUAGCAAAAGUACUCAUGGUUUGUACCGGAUCAUGGAGAGUGAAAAUGGAAUCAUUAACUGAUACUACGCAAAAGCUGUACAAAUUAUGGUCCGUCAUCAUGCACAUAUAUCUUAUAAUGCUUGUGAUCUCAUUGUAUUUGGCAAUAAUAGUGGACAAACAAAGAGACCUGGAUAAACUUAUUGAGGCUGUUUCUAUUAUCAUUCUGUGUACUUUGAUACUUAUAAAAGCCGGUAUAUGCCAGAGACGAAAAGUUACAGAAAUUGUCAGCCAAAUUGAAGUUGCCGAAAGAGAUUAUAACAAAUGGAAUACAGAAACAGUUAAUAUUUAUGACUCAUAUGCUAAAUAUACUCAACGUUUAUCACUUUUUAUGUUCCUAUCUUCUGGAAUGUGUGGAGUUACAAUUGUUAUUACUAAGUUUGUAGUUUAUGUCCAACAACUAAACGCAGCAGCUGCAGGUUUUCUAAAUGAUACCAUAAUAGAGAAACCUCUACCUUAUAUUAUCUGGCGUCCAGUUGACGAAACGAAGCAUUAUAUUAUUGCCUUCACUCUCGAUACUUUUUCUGCAACGAUUGGAUGUUCCUUUAAUUCUGUAACUCAGAUUAUAUUUAUUUCGCUAAUGACAUACAUCUCUGGGCAACUUAUAAUCUUACAGAAUAACUUUAAAGAGUACGGGCCAAAAUGCUCGAAUCUAAAAAAUUACGAAGAGAAAUACGCUUAUUUAAGACAGUUAAUAUUGGAACAUAAAAAAAUUAUUAAAUAUGUAGAAGAAUUAGAUGAUAAUAUGAAGUAUCUUAUGCUCAUGGAAUUUACAAUUAACUCAUUUCAGAUUACAGCCAUAUUUUAUGAGUUAUUAACAUUUGAACGCGAUGCAGUUAUAGUUUUUCGGCUGACGUAUCUAUGUGUAAUGAUUAUGCAAAUAUUUUUACUUGCAUGGCAUGCAAAUGAAAUUAGUCUCAACAGUAUUGACGUAUCACAAGCAAUUUAUGAAUGCGAAUGGUAUGAUUUACCAUAUAUGAUAAAGCAGUACCUACUUAUAAUUAUGGUUCGAGCUCAAAAACCACUAAGUAUAUCUGUUGGCCCCUUCUUUAAUUUAACAAAUUCUACAGCAGUUACAUCAAUGAAAGCAGCGUACUCAUACUUAGCACUUUUAACAAACAGCAAAAAACGUCAAAGAUCAUAAGAAUGAAUGCUUGUUCAACAUUAUUUUUCAACACAACAGUUAAUCAACAAUUGGUUGAUGCAGUGUACCUGCAUCCAAAUUUUUGAAAAAGCGUGAAAUAUACUAAAUAUGUAUAUGUUAGUUAUUAUCUAAUGGUAGGGGAGCCCAAGCGGGGACUUUUGCAGUUACUCGAGCGCGUCAGAUUAUGACAUGAGGAGAAACCUUGUACCCUGUAAAUGUAGCCCUACCAUAUAUUGGAUCUUAAUACAGGGGAGUUCGUUAAGGGGGGCCCGAAAAAAUCUAUCCUUAGAAAAAUUCGAAAUCGUCAGAUUAAGGUAAGGUAAGUUAAGUACAUGCAGAACAGUAUAUAUUUCAAAAAUCUGAAGGUUAGAGCGGGGCGUAAGGAAAUGGGUGAGUCACAAAGUUUCACAAGAAAAAAGCGAUUAUUUCGAGAAAUAAACUUCAGAUCGAAAAACUAACAUCUUUAAUAUGUUUUAAAAUCUAUCCAAUGAUACCAAACACGACCCCUAACGGAGGUGGGGUGGGGGUUACUUUAACAUAUUAAAUAGGAGUCCCCAUUUUUAUUGCUGAUUUGGAUUCCUUGCGUAAAAAUAAGUUACUUUUAUUCGAGACAUUUUUAGAAUUAUGGAUAGAUGUCGCUAUAAUCGGAAAAAAGGAUUGUUGGAAAUGGAAAAUUAAAUUAAAAAAUGGAAAGUCCCCUUAAAUGGAAAACUUUACUUAACUUUUUUUGGUUUUAGGUCCUAAUUUUCACAACGCAAUAAAUUCCCAUACCGCUCGAGUAACUGCAAAUUUAGCAUAAUUUCCUCCCCUACUAUAAGUAGGGAUAUACAUUUAUCUACACUAAAUAUACCAAAUAUUAAGUACACGUGUAUACAAACUCAACCACUGUAAAUGUCUUACAUCUAUUGAGGUUGAGAAGCUAGUGGUUAUUAGAUGUUUAUGAUCAAUGUAUAUGCUUUUCAAAAGAAGUGACGUAUUUAGUAAUUAAGACUAGUUUAUACACAGUUUUUAUUACUCAUUGGCGCAUUCCUUGAAACGCCAACAAUGCUUUUGAUUGCUUCAUUUUUUUUUCCAAAAAAAAAAACAAAAACACAUGCCAUACAGCCAGUGAUAAAAUUCAAUUGCUGCCUAGAUCGUGUGCUUUACACCAUGAAUUUAUUUUUAUGGAGGUAUUUAAAGUCAAUGGUCUAUGCCAACAAGCCUACAACCACCCGUGGAAGAAUGAAAUUCAAUGCUGCAUUAACGAAAUUCAGCCACAUUCAUGCAGAAGAGUUAUGGAAAAUUUCAACAAAACAGUGCAUAAGUAUUGUGUGCCAGCAAAAUUGUGGAGGUCAUUUUCUUGAUGAUUCCAUACAUAACCCUAUCCUAUGUACAUUGUGAUUCAAUAAAAAAUUACAAUCUAAAGAAAAAACAGUGUUUUCGUCCAAAUAACUUUAAAUCUUUCGUAAAUUUUGG